AUGGCAAAAGCCAUUGCGCAAAGAGGCGCCAAAGUGCAUUGUUUCGACAGACUGGUUCACCCCGACCCGGAAUUCUCAGUAUUACAACGAGAGGCUGAGGGUGCCCGAGGCUCGCUCCAUUACCAUCAUGUCGACGUUCGGAGUCGUCGGGUACUUGACCAGAUCAUUGCAGAUUUCGUAUCCAAGAGCGGACGUAUAGACGGUCUCGUAGCAGCAUCUGGGGUGCAACGGGCCAAGGCAGCAAUCGACUAUACGUCACAGGAAGUAUCCGAACUUUUGCAUAUCAACUACACCGGAGCUUUCAUGCCCGCCAACGCAGUUGCCCGGCAGAUGAUACGCCAUCGACAGGGCGGGUCAAUUGUAUUGGUCGCAAGUAUGUCCGGAUUAAUUGCCAACAAAGGAUUAAAUUGCGCCGUGUAUAACUCCUCCAAAGUCGCAGUCAUUCAGCUGGCUCGAAAUUUGGCUAUAGAAUGGGGUCGAUCUGGGAUUCGCGUCAAUGCCCUAUGUCCCGGACACAUCAUCACGCCCAUGGUGCAACAGAACCUGGCCGAAGUACCGGGGCUGAAGCAGAUUUGGGAGCACGAGAAUAUGCUGGGUCGAUUGGCUGCUCCGGAGGAAUUUGCAGGAGCGAUUGUGUUUCUGCUCUCCGAAGCCAGUAGUUUCAUGACGGGGACCAGCGUUGUUAUCGACGGGGGACACACGGCGUGGUAG